AUGCAGGCGUUAAACAGGUCUGGCAUGACCAACUAUACAUAUGCAUUUCAGGCGCAUAUCUCUGCAUAUCACUAUAUCAGCCACUCAUUUCGGACAGCCAAAUCCACUUCUCAAAGAGGAUCGACACCCAAAACCGAGGCGCAUCCCACAACAAGUGAGCCAUUACGCACUGGCAUACAUGCAUACAAAGAAUCUUUGGCUUUGAAGCCCGACCGAUCACAACCUGUUUAUGCAAGUCCAAAUCAAAUCAUGAAACCUGCCUGGGCCCUCUGCGUGAUUGUACCGGAACAUGCGCCCAAAGGGGCGGAAAAUGUUGGGAGGAGGGAUGCAGAUGUAACCGUUUCGUAA